AUGCCUUCAGAGAAAAAGCCAACUUUAAGCUUUUUUGAAAAUUUUGCUCUCUCGGGUGCUGCUGCCGUCCUUUCUAAAACAGCUGCUGCCCCGAUUGAAAGAGUAAAAUUAUUGGUACAGAACCAAGGAGAGAUGUUAAAACAAGGUGUAUUAAGUGAACCAUACUCAGGAGUGGUUGAUUGUACCAAGAGAACUCUACAAACUGAAGGUUUGCAAUCAUUCUGGAGAGGCAACUUGGCUAACUGUUUGAGAUACUUUCCAACACAGGCAUUAAACUUUGCCUUCAAGGAUCAAAUAAAAGCUGUAUUUAAACAGAAUAAAUCAGAUCCCUAUUUAGUCAACUUCUCUAAGAAUAUUGCUAGUGGUGGAGUUGCUGGUGCCAUGUCACUGUGUUUUGUUUACCAUCUUGAUUAUGCCCGAACACGAUUGGCAAACGAUAUGAAAUCAUCAAAAGGUGAUGGAAAGCGGAAAUUCAAUGGUCUGUUAGAUUUAUACAAGAAGACCCUGAAAUCUGAUGGUGUUCCUGGAUUAUACAGAGGAUUUGUCAUCUCUUGUGUUGGAAUUGUCUUCUAUCGAGGAUUCUAUUUUGGUUUAUAUGAUACUCUUAAACCACUGUUAUUAGGUGAUCGUCCUCAUUUAGCUUUAUCAUUUGUUCUUGGUUAUGGUGUAACAGUUACAAGUGGUUUGAUCUCCUAUCCUAUUGAUACUAUUAGAAGAAGAAUGAUGAUGACCUCAGGUCAAGCUGUAAAAUAUAACGGAUCUAUGGAUUGUGCAAUGCAAAUCUUCAAGAAUGAGGGUCCUAAAUCUUUUAUGAAAGGUGCUGGUGCCAAUAUUUUACGAGGAGUGGCUGGGGCUGGUGUUUUAUCAGGAUUUGAUAAAUUUCAAGAUUUGUAUAUCAGAGCUAAGAUGUCAAAAAAUAAGUAA